AUGAUGAAGUCGGCAUCUUCUAAAAUCUCUUAUUCGAUCAACGAUUCACGUUGGUCUGAGGCUGUGGUGGAACCGUAUAACUUUAUCAAUGUUACAGAAGAAAUCCAAAUGGAAUCUUACUUUGAAAAGCAAGAUUGUGGUCUUUCAUGUACAAUUUGUAAAGCACCUAUUGAUGAAGAUCGAAUUGACUUAAUAGCACAUUAUAAAUCUGACUGGCAUCGGCAUAACCUUCAUCGGAUUUUGAAAGGACGACCAUUGCUCACAGAAGAUGAGUUUGAGCAAGCGAUGUCCGAUGAUGAUCAGCUGAGCUUAUUGGAUACGGAAAGUGAUGAUGAGAUAAAGCCAUAUACUGGCGGAGCUCAUGCUUAUUUCGUAAGCGACGAAAUGGUAUAUUCCAUAUAUCGAUGUAUUUUACUGAAAAAUGAGGUUAUAUCACGAAAUUUGUUCAAUCGUCCAUUGGACUGUGUUAUUUUGUUGCUUUCUGCUGGUCAUUUCUGUGGUGGAAUUUUCGAGAAUAAUAAACUAUUGGUACACAAGAGUUUCCAUCGUUAUGUUAUCCGAGCGAAACAGGGAACAUCACAGUCAGUAUCUGAUGCACGAGGAUCUGCGGCAAAAAGUGCUGGUGCUUCUGUGAGGAGAUAUAACGAAAAAGCUUUAAAAGAAGAAAUUCAAUGUUUGUUAGCAAAUUGGUCGAAGUUAUUGGAACAAAGUCCAUUAAUAUUUGUGCGUUGUCCAAUGUCGUUAAGACAUGUUUUUUUUGAAGAAACGAAAAAUUUCAAAUUACAAAAAGAUGACGAACGUUUGAGGACAAUACCAUUCGAAACACGCCGACCAACGGUAGACGAAUUACAGCGAACAUGGUCUAGGUUGAAAAUCAUUCGUUCUCACGGGUCAGUAGUUAAUUUCAAUGAAGAACAAGAAAGACUUAAAAAGCUGCGUAAGAAACAGAAACGAUUAUUUCGGCGCAAGGUAUCAGGAGUAAAUUACCCGUCCAGUGAAUCUCUGGAAUCAGAUAGUGAUAAUGCCACUGCUGAAAUGAAUCAACAACAACCUGAAGUAGUGAUGAAUAUAUCAAAUCAAGGAAAACAAAAUUCGGAACAAUGUGAAGCAGUGGUGAAUGUUUUGAGCGAUGUAAAUAUCCAGGCUUUGUAUGCUUCUAUACGUUUAAAUUCGGUUUCAAAACUGCAUCAGCUGUUGGAAAGCAAUGAGGAAAGCAAAGAAGAAUUCUUGAAAUAUAUCCGGGAAGUGAGAUUUCCUCCGACUUCUUCAACUUUUCUGCAUGUUGUAGCGAGAAGAGGUGCAGUGGAAAUCAUGGAAGAGCUAUUAUUGUUAGGAUGUGAUCCAGCUGUGAAAGACAGUGAUGGGAAGGUUCCUUACCAGGUCGCCCAAAACCGAGCGGUUCGUCAAGCGUUUAGCAAAUUUCGAUCCAGACAUCCCGAUGCAUUCAACUGGAAUGUUAGCCAAAUACCAGAACUAGCGGUACUGAGUGAAGAACAAUUAGCCAAGGAGGCAGAAAAAAAACGAAUCCAACGGGAAAAAAAGAAGCAACGUGAUAAAGUCAAAAGAAUUGUCAAACAUCAAGAGAAGAUAGAACAGGAACAACGUCAAAAGUAUUUAGCUCUUUCUGAUCGAGAAAAAAGGGCUCUCGCUGCAGAACGCCGUCUUGCUGCAUCUUUGCAAAAGGGUUGUCAGAUUGUUGAAAAUGAUGGUAGUCGUUGUUUCAAGUGCGGUGUAGUUUUGAUUCCUAAGCAUUUUGAAUAUUGUGAUAAUCGUUUCUGCUCUCUCGCGUGCCUGCAGCAACAUCGACGGGAACAUCCGCCUCAACUUAUAUCCUGA